AUGACGUUGGACUCCUCAGUGGCAGAUCAGAUGACCCGGCUGAGGUUACGGCUCUUAGAACAGAUGCUGGAGCAGGAACGAGAGAGCAUGGGAAGAGCAGGACAGCAGGAAAAGUCAGACACGGCCCUGCAGAGUGCUUUGAGGAGAAGGAAGGACCUUCUACAAAGGCUCUGGGAGCAGCAACUGAUGGACGAACACUCCCCAGCCCAUGCCUGGAGGGCACACGGAAGAACCACGGUGCCAACCCCGAACUCAGAGGCACCUCCCAUAGAUGUCUUCCCUGCUACCUCCCAACCUUUGCCCCGACCCCCAGAGCCACCAAGGAUCAUCCAGCACCCGGCCCCCCAGGUUCCUGCCACCAUCAUUCAGCAGCUACCCCAGCAGCCACUGAUUGCACAGAUUUCUCCUCCUCAGGCCUUUCCCACUCAGAGACCAGGAAGUAUUAAGGAAGACAUGGUGGAGAUGAUGCUGAUGCAGAACGCACAGAUGCACCAGAUCCUCAUGCAGAACAUGAUGCUCAAAGCCCUGCCACCCGGGCCCACAGGGUCACGUGCUGCUGCCCUCCAGGACCAACGAUGGGUGCACCAUGGAGUCCCGAGAGCUGAAAAGCAGAAGCCACCCCCGGUUCACCACCACCAUCACUACGCGCCCACCACCCAGCUGCAGGCUGCCUCCAUGGCUGGCGCCCCUUCAGGUUAUGCCGGGUGGCCUCCAGUGGUUGCAGCGUCUGUGCUCCCACACGCAGCCAGCUUCUUGCCCACUGUGAGCCACCUGACCGAGCCAUCGACCUCCCUCCCUAGCUAUCCUUAG